CAGUUCAGGCUUUGGUUCCACAGUCAAAAGCAGUUGGACAAGAUGGCCAGAGUUUGUUUACUGGCUUGUAUAGCUGGCUUACUGCUGGAGGUGUAUGGACUGGCCGCUGAAAUCAAAGAGGAGAACACAGGAGCUGUGUUUGUGUCUCAGCAGACAGCAGACAUGGUGCUGCGUCGCCUGCGCAGACACAACAGCGGCCUUGAAGAAAUAAUUCAGAAGGCCAACCUUGAGCGGGAGUGUAAAGAAGAAACCUGCUCGUUUGAGGAGGCCAGGGAGGUGUUUGAGGACGAUGACAAAACUAUGGCAUUCUGGGCCGUCAACGUUGAUGGUGACCAGUGUAAACCACAACCCUGCCAAAAUGAAGGUCUGUGUGAAGAUGGAAACAGCGCAUACGUCUGUUAUUGCAAACCAAACUACAGCGGCAAAAACUGUGAGAUCGAGGUGAACAAGCAGUGUAUGGUCAACAACGGUGGAUGUUCCCAUUUCUGUGUGAUGAGGGCAGAGAGACCCGUGUGUCAGUGUGCAGUUGGUUACAGACUCGGGCCAGACAAGAUCAAAUGUGAACCAACAGAACAAUUCAGCUGCGGCCGUGUGAACAUAUCCUCCUCCACCAGGUCCUUAACCCCGCGGUCAUCAAACACGGCACACUUCCUUGAAAGAGACUUCAAUUCCAGCUACACCCUGGAGGAGUAUUUCUAUGACGAGGAUAUUACACAGUUUUAUGAUAAUUUGGACAACCAUACAAAGGAUACAGGCCCGUUCAGCAUCGCUGCAGCCUCUGUACCAAAAUCACGAUUAGCGAGGUCGGAUUCAAGCUCCUCUGUAAAUGCAGCGGAGGCAAGCAGUGUCACUGAAACUGAGGGAAAGCCGCUGCCUUCCUGGGCUUUCUUCCCCACAAUAUCCACCAUAACAGCAAAAGAAAACACUGACGAGAGGAUUGUGGGAGGCAAUGAUGCAAUUCCUGGAGAGAUACCUUGGCAGGUGACCCUGAUGUUUCGCGGAACAGUCCUUCAAAGAGCAAAGCCUUUCUGUGGAGGAUCUCUGCUCAGUGAAUUAUGGGUCAUGACCGCUGCCCAUUGUCUGCUAGAUGUCCAUAUCCCUGAAGAGGGAUAUUUUGUCAGAGUGGGUGAACAUGAUACAAGCAGCGAUGAGGGUCCAGAGCGAGACCAUGAGGUGGCAGAGCAGCAUAACCACUUCAUGUAUGAUGCCCAGAAGUCCCAGUAUAACCAUGAUAUUGCACUACUGAAGCUUGCCAGUCCAGUGGAACUGUCCAAACAACGGCGUCCCAUCUGCCUGGGCCCCAAAGACUUUAUAGAGACCAUAUUGAGGGACUCCAGCAGCUCUCUGGUGAGCGGCUGGGGAAAGCUUAAGUUCGAUGGCCGACAGCCCACCACGCUUAAGAAGCUGGAGGUCCCCCACGUGGAUCGCGCCGAUUGUAAACAGAGCAGCCGGGACCAUAUCACACGCUAUAUGUUCUGUGCUGGCUUCGCAAGUGAAAAGAAGGAUUCAUGCCAGGGGGACAGCGGGGGGCCGCAUGCGACUAAUUACAAAGGCACUUGGUUCCUGACAGGUAUCGUCAGCUGGGGGGAGUUUUGUGCCGCGGAGGGGAAGUAUGGCGUCUACACUCGAGUAUCACGGUACUACGCGUGGAUCAAGAAGACAACAGGGAUCCUAAUUGAAAACUGACAAAUAGAGAAAUGUAAAUGAAAUAACCCAGCUGUCAGACAACAAAACAUACAGAGGAAGUGAAAGAUGUUCUUCUACUGAAUGAUGGUAUUUUGGAUUCUUCAAUAAAACGUAAUCAAAA